ACGCGGCCAGGAUCCCACGUCAUAAGGGUAUAUAAGCGAGGCAGGAGAUGUACUGCACACCUCUGCAGCUUCUGCUUUGGAGAGAGCAACAUGAUUCCUCUGAUAAUGUUAUGCUGCGUCGCCCUGGCGGCUGCGAGACCCAGCGGGUUCCAAUCUGUGUCUUACUCAGUCCCUUCCGCCUUCGUAGCCAGCCCCGUCUCCAUAUCUAGCCAGUACCACACUCAAGACUCACUGGGCCAGUACAGUUACGGGUAUAAUGCCGGUUCAUCUGCAAAAGCAGAGACAAAAACUCUUGAUGGCGUCACCCGUGGAGGCUACUCCUACGUGGACGGUAAUGGCAUCGUCCAGACUACAAACUAUAUCGCUGACGACAUCAAUGGUUUCCAAGUAGCGGCCACUAACUUGCCUACACACGUGGCCUAUGACACACCAGAGGUUUCUGCUGCUAAGGUCGCCCACUCUGUGGCCUAUAAUAAGGCCGCUUAUGCUGCAGCUGCUUCGCCAGAUGUUGGCGAAUCUGUUGUUGUGUCUGCCCCUGUCGUAAGUUCCUACGUUGCCUCAUCACCAGCAGUAAGCAUCGUUAAGGAAGUUCCCUCCAACGCCUUUUCUUACUCCACCGUAACUGCUUCUCCUUCUGUGGCUGUAGUUCCCACUGUUACCCCUCUCGUCAAUGCCGUCAAAGAUGUCCCAUCCAAAGCCUUCUCAUAUUCUACAGUGGAAACUUCUCCUUCUGUUGCUGUAGCUCCAGCCUUAACCGCUUACCCUGUUGUUACUCUUAUCAGAGAGGCCCCAUCCAAAACCUUCUCGUACUCAACGGUAGCGGCUCCUCCGGCAGUCUCCCUCGUGUCGGCGCCUGCUGCAGUCAAGUAUUCUGUCGCAGCUGAGGAGGCUCCUGUCUACUCUGAGGUGCCUUUUCUGGGUGUGAAGCCAGUAACCGCCGCGGCGUAUUCCGUUCCAAGUGCUAUAGUCACUUCCACCAGCCAUCAGUACCACGCGCAAGACGCCCUCGGCCAGUACAGUUACGGAUACUCCGGAGGUCCCUCUGCCAAGGUUGAAACCAAGACCCUGGAUGGUGUGACCCGUGGCGGAUAUUCCUACGUGGAUGCAAAUGGUAUCAUACAGAGCGCAAGUUAUGUGGCUGAUGACGUCAAUGGUUUCAGAGUGGCAGCCACAAAUAUUCCAGUCGGCCCAAAUACUCCUGUGGUACACAAUGUUCUUGUGUCACCCGUGGUUAGCGGCAACCAGGUUGUGGCCGACACACCAGAAGUUGUUGCUGCUAAAGCUGCCCAUUUCGCAGCCCAUUCCGCUGUAAAGCAUCGUGACAACUUGGGCUACUAAACUCGAACGAAUUAAUAAGGUUUGCUCCAACAUACUCGAAAGGCCAUACGUAUUUUUUUCUGAAUAUAAUACGUCAUUUUUCUCCCCAAAACGCCUGUAUAAAGGUUAACUGUGUGGUAUAUUCAAAGGCGUUUAUUGUCAUGUGGUUUAGUCCGCUGUACGGUUACGAUCAAGGGCUGAUUAAGACAGGCUAAAUAGGCCACAGCCUAAAACCCGAUAGCGUAUGGAGCCCUGUUUGAGGCGGGCACGCAACUUGCAUAGCUUCAGAGGGUGGAGUAUCCUAAUGAAUUUUAGGUGCAACAAAGCGAUGUGAUUUCCUGUCCCCGUCUUCAUUGAUUCUGAUAAAUACGUGUAUUAAGGG